AUGCUUGAGCUCCCACCAAGAGCAGCGUCAUGCUUGUCUUCAGUACGUUUUCAUCCAUGCGAUAUUCGUCUGGGAAGUGUUUCUGCCUUCCAAGCCAAGCCUGUCACUGCUGGUGCGAGCAUUUUUGCCUUCACGGCCGUUGCUUCACUGUGUGGAAGAACGAGAUUCCGCACGCGACGCUUUAAAAAGUGCUGUUCGGCCCGGACUGCUGCUGACAAAACACCCGGCGUGAAGCCACCUUCUCGCUUGAAAGUCGUUGGCAGCCGGUUUGUGGACGAGGAAGGCCGCAUAGUUGUGCCGAAGGGCAUUAACUUCUCAGGACUCUCCAAGGUGCCCUUGAACCCCAACGGUGCAACACACCUCGGAGGAAGUCAGUUCUAUGAGCAUCGCCAGGUGUCCUUUGUUGGCAGACCAUGUCCCAUUGAGGACCUGGACAUGCAUCUGCAACGCUUGCGGGACUGGGGCUUCAACUUGCUGAGACUGCUGGUCACCUGGGAAGCUCUGGAGCAUGCCGGCCCAGGAGUAUAUGAUGAUGACUAUAUAAGUUUCAUCCGAAUGGUUUGCUCACGAGCAGGAGAGUACGGGUUCCGGGUUCUUAUCGAUCCACAUCAAGACUGCUGGUCGAGGUGGACAGGGGGGGAUGGCGCUCCCGGCUGGACUCUUGAGGCUGCUGGCUUUCGGGUAGGCCCUGAUCUUCACAAGUCGGGCGCUGCUUUCCUACAUCAGGAGAAUGGAGACCCGCUGCCAUCAAUGUCCUGGCCCUCCAAUUACGACAGGUUGGCAUGCGCAACCAUGUUUAGCUUGUUUUGGGCCGGAGACCGCAUUGCACCGGGGAUUGCUGGCCAACUCGGUACAGGUGACCUUCCACUGCAGCAGCUACUUCAAGAUGGGUUCAUCAAUGCAAUCGCACAUCUAGCCAGGAGUGUGAAGGACAUUCCGUCUGUGAUGGGGUUCGAAACUAUGAACGAACCCCAUCCUGGAUGGCUAGGCAGGGACUUUACCCAAGCACAGAUCGGACCGGUCUCAUCAGGAGAGAGCCCACUGGCGCAGCUCCAGCGAUGUUCGCCAGGCAAGGGAUCCCCCUGGGCGUCUUCGUGCUUGUGGGCACAAGCCGGUGUGUGGGAUCCGCCCAGCAAGAAACUGCUUGACGCCUCGCGCUUCGAUUGCGACUGGCUGACCGACUGCUUUGCCCCCUUUGUGGAAAGGUUUACAGAGGCGCUGCUUGCAGAGAUGCCACAUGCACUCAUUGGAGUUUGCCCACCAGCAUUUGGGAAAGAAGGUCAGCAGCCGUUUCCAGGGAAGCUGCACGCGCAAGCCUUCUGGACACCACACUUUUACGAUGGCGUUGUGCUUGUGGGCAAAGUGUGGACUCCAGCUUUCGGAGUCGAGGAGACCUUGCCAGGGACGACACUCCUAGGCUUGAUUCCAGCGCCACCAGUUCUGCCAAUUUUCGGGCGGGAGGAACGACUGGCAUCAUACAAGAGACAGCUGGAGCAAAAGUGCAGACUUGCUUCACAAGAAACUGCAAGCAUGCUUGGAGAGAUUGGAGUUCCCUUUGACCUCAAAUCGCCAGGCAUGGCACCAUCAGAUGCCCUUCAGGAGUCCAUUGAUGUGCACAUGCGGGCAUUGGAGGAGCUCAUGCUGCCAUUCUGCUGGUGGAAUUACACCCCAGAAAAUUGCAAAGCCAGAGGGGACGGCUGGAACGGCGAAGAUCUGUCAAUCCUGAGUGAGGACGGGGGACGUGCCCUCGACGCGAUUGUUCGUCCUUGCCUUUUGGUAUGCGCAGGGAGUCCAGUGCAUCAGACUUUCGAUCUUCAAGAGGGAUACUUUCAAUGUGAGUUCGAUGCGGAGCCCGGAGAGUCCCUCUUUUUCAUUCCCUCCCGUCACUUCAGCGCUGACAAUGCCAUCCUGUCUGUCACACCCGGUAUAGAUGCGCUGUGGAAUGUGGAACUCCAGACUUUGGUAUGCCGUUCAGAUCGGGUGGCUCGCGUUGUGGUUGACCUGCGGAAGAAAAAACUUCAAGAGCGAAGUACAUGUCGCAUUGCCUGGGUAGCUGUGAAUGUUCACUUCGGCGCUAUCUUUGGCAGAGUUGGCAGAACAACAGUUCGUGACGAACUGAUGGGGCAACGCCAUUCAAGUAGCAACAGCUGUGAUUCCGACUCAUUCCCCAAACAGCGAGAUGCAAAAUCAGCUCGACAUGCAAGCACAACACCCUUGACAGACCGUAGGGCAACAUAG